GCGAGGAAAAACGUGCGAUGACAGGAAGUACCAGCGCAAUAAAUCGGAGCCACGAUUGCAAGUGCAUCUCAGUGCUCAUCUUAUACCUCGCAUACCGAACAUCUUAUUCUACGCCGCAUUGAAAUGACGCCAUGCAUUAUCGAAUUGAGGAUACUGUGGUUAUUGUUGACCCUGACGGUUCUUCUCGAUGGUUGGCCGGCGACGAGGAAGGUCAGCAGGGCUCCGGUCGGUUUCCGGUAUUCCAAGGAUCUGACUGCGGCGGCUACAGGUCACGGUGGCGGCAACAGGCAUCACGAGGAGGGUGCCGGCUCGAAGCACGACGAGGACCACCACGACGCGCACGGCCACAAGGGUGAUAAGGGCUACAAGACUUUCCACGAAUUCGAGAAAAGCGACAAGGGACACCACGAUAAGGAGAAGCACAAGCAGGAGUACGACGAGGAAGAUGGCGAGGAAAAGAAGAACCACGAAGAAGCUGGCCAUUACGGCGAGGAGCACCAUGGCGAGGAGGGUGAGAAGAACGCGAAAUUUGGUGAAGAGGGCAAGCAUCAAAAGGGGUACAGCACGAAAGGAGAACACAGCGUCUUCAAGAAGGAUGAAUACGAGAAAAAGCACGAUUUUUAUGACGAAUACCACGAGGACGGAGGAAGCGAGAAGCACGGUGGCUGGCACGAAGAACACGAGGGCAAGAAGGGCGGCCACGAAAAGAAAGGAUCUCUGCACGCGGGACACCACGAGGGCCAUCACGGGGCAGAAAAGAAGCACGAGGGAGGUCAUCAUCAUCAUGAGAAGAAAGGUCACAAAUCGGCAGAGGGGCACGACAGCCAUCACGACCACGAUGAGAAACACGGCCACAAAGAAGGGCAUACGUCAGGGCAUAAAUGGUCAAAAUCAAAUCAUCGUUGACGAGACGCGACAACAUUUACUUUUACAUAAUCGAAUGUAUUUUACCUACGUCCGUCCCGUUGAGAAUUUUGCGAAUAGAUCGAAACUGCAUAGCUGGA